CAACUGUUGCACUGCUUUCUCUUUCUCCUGAGAGAUGGCGUUCACCGUCUUUAUCCUCCAGCUGGCCGUCCGAAUCCUGUCGCUUCCCAUGUACUUGCUUAACUUUCUCGGCUUAUGGGGCUGGAUAUGCAAAAAAUGGUUUCCCUACUUCUUGGUAAGGUUCUGUGUGAUGUACAAUAAACAGAUGGCAGGCAAGAAGCAGGAGCUCUUCAGCAAUCUGCAGGACUUCGCGGGCCCUUCGGGGAAGCUCUCCCUGCUAGAGGUAGGGUGCGGCACUGGGACCAACUUCAAGUUCUAUCCACCUGGAUGCAGAGUGACCUGUGUUGAUCCCAACCCCAACUUUGAGAAGUUCUUAUUCAAGAGCAUUGCAGAGAACAGACACCUGCAGUUCGAGCGCUUCUUGGUGGCUGCUGGGGAGAACAUGCACCAGGUGGCUGACAGUUCUGUGGAUGUGGUGGUCUGCACCUUGGUUCUGUGCUCCGUGGAGAACCAGGAACAGAUGCUCCGUGAGGUGUGCAGAGUGCUGAGGCCGGGAGGGGCUUUCUUUUUCAUAGAACAUGUGGCAGACAAGCAUUCAACCUGGAAUUACUUCUGGCAACAGGUCGUGGAGCCUGCUUGGUACCUUGUGUUUGAUGGAUGCAACCUGACCAGAGAGAGCUGGAAGGCCCUGGAGCGCGCCAGCUUCUCUAAGCUGAAGCUGCAGCACAUACAGGCCCCGCUGUCCUGGGUGUUGGUGCGCCCUCAUGUCUAUGGGUAUGCUGUGAAAUAGCAUGGGGUGGCAGUAGCUGAAUGACUAGAACAAUUUAAGACUUCAGUUUUUCAUUUAAAAUACUAAUUGGGAAAAGGGACACUUAAUGUUAUGUAAAAUCAAAUUCAUCCUUAUAAGUUUCUAUUAUACCCUAUUUAGCUAGUUUUGAUUGUUUCCCCAAAGAAUUAAAGUCAACAACAACAACAAAAAACUUGGAACUCUCCCUUCAAAGUAAACAGGGGAGGGGGGGGGCCUGUGGGGGGGCUUACAUAAUUGAGGCCAAUGAUGUCCAAAGCUUACUUUCUUCAGGGAUUUGGAAAUUUUUUCCAGUUGUCUUCUUUAAAUUGUUAUCCACAUAUUUUCAUUUCACUCCUUUUGGCAGAGCUUGGUGCUAAGAAGCAGUUAAAUUACUUCAAAACACAACUUCCAACAGGGAGCAGUGAAAAGACAUUAGCAAUUCACAAACUGAACAAAGAAAUAUGAGCUAACUGAAAAUCCAAGUACAAAUGGCACAGACAUUCUGUAAAAGAAAGACAAACCUGUUUGUUCUUCUCAAUAUCACUGGUUUGAAUCACAAGUAGCUUUUUCCAGCUUUCUUUUAUCCAGUGUUCUACCAAAGUUUGUUUUCCUGCAUUCCAGUCCUCAUUUCUUAAGAUUACACUUCACACAUUAGUAUAAACAUAAAACUAGAUGAGGGAGUUUGGGUUCUGGGGAUCAUUAUCCUUAUAAUCCAGCACAUACUUUGCUGAAUAGAUGAUUACAGGCAAGGAAAGAAACUGCAAAUAGGAAAACUUGCAGAAUUAGUAGACUCCAUAAGACCCCUAAAAAUCAAUCAAUCCGUGAGUCUAUAAAUAAGAAGGCAAGCAUUUCUUUGAUUAUUCUGAUCAAAAUCUACUCCAUCCAAGAUGAUUUCUUUGUUCUCUGCACCUAUAGGAGCCAUGAAAAUGGUCACAAGUGCUUUGAAAACAAGUGUUAGGUUGGUUAGUCAGAGGACUUCAUAGGAUGUUCAGCAACAGUUUGUAUGUAUUUUAAUAAAUUUGUGUUUUUUGAAAUGA